CAGCUUUUACAUUUUCUCCGUCAAUAAUUAAAGCCUAAAAGAUCAUUAUGAUUUAUUCCAUGCGGAAGAAACGCCAACUCUUUAGAAUUAUGCGAAAAUGGCAUUUCAAGCACAAUGCAAAUCCACAAUCGUGUAAAUUCUACUUGAGUUGCCCGGAAAUGGACGCCAUUACAGGACCUCCAAGGCGCGAUGAAGACCUCAUUGUGAUCCAUCCAAUUCAUGCCUUUCAGCUCAUUAACUUGGGUUUACAACAGGCCAACGAGAUGGGAGAUCGAAAGAUUAAGGUGAAACUGAAGGCUUAUCGACAGCAUGUCCAGAAUUUCCUUCAAAUGUUGGAGGUUCGCCAGAGAAUGACCCAACUGAAUAUACAGGAUGUGGGAGAACGCGGACAGGAUAUCACUGAGACAUAG